AUGGUUUUCCAAAGUAGGCUCCCUUCUUGGAUUAUUUUGUGCUCCGUCUGGCUGUUCCGCUUUGCACACACGGGGGAGGCACAGGCUGCAAAAGAAGUAAUAUUGCUGGACUCUAAAGCACAACAGACAGAGUUGGAAUGGAUUUCCUCUCCUCCCAAUGGGUGGGAAGAAAUUAGUGGACUGGAUGAAAACUACACUCCUAUACGAACAUACCAGGUAUGCCAGGUGAUGGAAUCAAACCAAAACAACUGGCUUCGGACUAACUGGAUUGCAAAAAGCAAUGCACAAAGGAUUUUUGUAGAACUGAAAUUCACUCUGAGGGAUUGUAACAGUCUUCCUGGAGUUCUGGGGACUUGUAAAGAAACUUUUAACUUGUAUUAUUAUGAAACAGACUACGACACUGGCAGGAAUAUCCGAGAAAACCAAUAUGUAAAAAUAGACACUAUUGCAGCAGAUGAAAGUUUUACCCAGGGUGAUCUUGGGGAGAGAAAAAUGAAACUUAACACAGAGGUGAGAGAAAUUGGACCUUUGUCCAAAAAAGGAUUCUAUCUUGCGUUUCAGGAUGUAGGGGCCUGCAUAGCUUUGGUCUCUGUCAAAGUCUACUACAAGAAGUGCUGGUCCAUCAUUGAGAAUUUAGCUAUUUUUCCUGACACAGUGACUGGCUCAGAGUUUUCCUCUUUAGUUGAAGUACGAGGAACUUGCGUCAGCAGUGCGGAGGAGGAGGCAGAGAACUCGCCGAAGAUGCACUGUAGCGCGGAGGGAGAAUGGUUAGUGCCUAUUGGAAAAUGUAUCUGCAAAGCAGGAUACCAGCAAAAAGGAGACACGUGUGAACCUUGUGGCCGUGGGUUCUACAAAUCCUCCUCACAAGAUCUGCAGUGCUCCCGCUGCCCUACUCACAGCUUCUCUGACAAGGAAGGAUCUUCAAGAUGCGAUUGUGAAGAUAGCUAUUAUAGAGCACCUUCUGAUCCACCAUAUGUCGCAUGCACAAGACCUCCAUCUGCACCACAGAACCUCAUUUUCAAUAUCAACCAGACUACUGUGAGUUUGGAGUGGAGUCCUCCUGCUGACAACGGGGGAAGAAAUGAUGUGACCUACCGCAUUUUGUGCAAGAGAUGCAGCUGGGAGCAGGGUGAAUGUGUUCCCUGUGGGAGUAACAUUGGAUAUAUGCCCCAGCAAACUGGAUUAGUAGAUAACUAUGUCACUGUCAUGGACCUGCUAGCUCAUGCUAACUACACGUUUGAAGUUGAAGCUGUGAAUGGGGUUUCUGACUUGAGUCGUUCCCAGAGGCUUUUUGCAGCUGUCAGUAUUACCACCGGUCAAGCAGCUCCCUCGCAAGUUAGUGGAGUAAUGAAAGAGAGAGUGCUGCAGAGGAGUGUGGAGCUUUCCUGGCAGGAACCAGAACAUCCCAAUGGAGUCAUUACUGAAUAUGAAAUCAAGUAUUAUGAGAAAGAUCAAAGGGAGAGGACUUAUUCAACAGUGAAAACCAAGUCCACUUCAGCUUCUAUUAAUAACCUAAAGCCAGGAACAGUGUAUGUUUUCCAGAUUCGUGCUUUUACUGCUGCUGGUUAUGGAAAUUACAGCCCCAGACUGGAUGUUGCCACACUAGAAGAAGCCACAGGUAAACUGUUUGUAGCCACGGCUGUUUCCAGUGAACAGAAUCCUGUUAUUAUCAUAGCUGUGGUUGCUGUGGCAGGAACCAUCAUUUUGGUCUUCAUGGUGUUUGGAUUCAUCAUCGGGCGAAGGCAUUGUGGCUAUAGCAAAGCUGAUCAAGAAGGGGAUGAAGAACUUUACUUUCAUUUUAAAUUUCCAGGCACCAAAACCUACAUUGACCCUGAAACCUACGAGGACCCAAAUAGAGCUGUCCAUCAAUUCGCCAAGGAGCUAGAUGCCUCUUGUAUUAAAAUUGAGCGUGUGAUUGGUGCAGGAGAGUUUGGUGAAGUGUGCAGUGGACGUCUAAAGCUUCCUGGCAAGAGAGAUGUUGCAGUAGCCAUAAAAACUCUGAAAGUUGGCUACACUGAAAAGCAAAGAAGAGAUUUCCUGUGUGAAGCAAGCAUCAUGGGACAGUUUGACCACCCCAACGUUGUUCACUUAGAAGGGGUCGUUACCAGAGGGAAACCAGUCAUGAUUGUAAUAGAAUACAUGGAGAAUGGGGCCUUAGAUGCAUUUCUUAGGAAACAUGAUGGACAAUUUACAGUCAUUCAGCUAGUGGGAAUGUUGAGAGGAAUUGCUGCUGGAAUGAGAUAUUUGGCCGAUAUGGGAUACGUACACAGGGAUCUUGCAGCGCGCAACAUUCUUGUCAACAGCAACCUUGUUUGUAAAGUGUCAGACUUUGGCCUUUCCAGAGUUAUAGAAGAUGAUCCAGAGGCCGUCUACACUACUACUGGUGGAAAAAUUCCAGUGAGAUGGACAGCUCCAGAGGCGAUCCAGUACCGCAAAUUUACAUCAGCCAGCGAUGUGUGGAGUUACGGAAUAGUUAUGUGGGAAGUAAUGUCUUAUGGAGAACGGCCUUACUGGGACAUGUCAAAUCAAGAUGUUAUAAAAGCAAUCGAAGAAGGCUAUCGUUUGCCAGCACCCAUGGAUUGCCCAGCAGGACUGCACCAGCUGAUGCUGGAUUGUUGGCAGAAGGAACGCGGUGAAAGGCCGAAGUUUGAACAGAUAGUUGGUAUUCUGGACAAAAUGAUUAGAAACCCAAACAGCUUGAAAACCCCACUGGGAACCUGUAGCAGACCAAUUAGCCCUCUUCUGGACCAGAACACUCCCGAUUUUACCACUUUCUGCUCCGUAGGCGAAUGGUUACAAGCUAUUAAGAUGGAAAGAUAUAAGGAUAAUUUCACAGCAGCAGGCUACAACUCUCUUGAAUCAGUUGCCAGGAUGACUAUUGAGGAUGUGAUGAGUUUAGGGAUCACGUUGGUUGGUCAUCAAAAGAAAAUCAUGAGCAGCAUUCAGACUAUGAGAGCACAAAUGCUACAUUUACACGGCACUGGCAUCCAAGUGUGAUAGACAUUUCUCCCUUAUGAGGGAGGUGACAGACUGAGAGAACAGCACUGGCCUUCAGUAUAUAUGAAGUGCUGCUAGAAGACACUUGAUUUCCUGGGUCCUUCCUGCAGUGAAUAGAAGAGCUACAAGAAGCACCUACAGACUUGAACUCCUAAGUGCCACCAGAAUUUAUGAAAAGGGAAUUAGGAUCCACCAGUGGUGGCAAGGAAAACAGCAGUGACAAUA